GGUAGCUUGUCGUUGAUCACGUGACCCAUGAACCCGGAAGACGCGAAUUCCAGAAUAAUCCGUUGUUCGGCGAUCCGGGGAAGGCAGUACACACUCAAUUUGUCGGUUUCCUGUCUGCAUUCAGCUGAAGAGCAGAAAUGGUGUGCAUUCCCUGCAUCGUCAUACCUGUCCUUCUAUGGGUUUAUAAGAGAUUCCUUGAGCCCAUUAUUUACCCUUUCAUCUCUCCACUUUUGAGCCGGUUUUGGCCUAAAAAGGCAGUUGAUGGUAAAGGCAAUGGCGAAAUGAAAACUGAAGAAAACUGUAAUGGGACAUGCAAGAAUGAUUGCAGCAGUGAUGCUAAAAGUGCUACUGUGAAUGGACAAGUGACAGCCCCAGAUAAGAAGAUGGAUUGAUGCUGCUAAUAAAAGAAUGAAGACUUUAGUCACGUUGUAAUGAUAUGAAUUGUAAUUUAGAAAUUAUUUUGAAAUUGUGCAUAAAUAUAGCACAUUUGCUGUUCCACUCGUAAGACUGAACACUGGGUGUUUAAGCCUUACAUUUUGAAUAUGUGUACUUUAUAUGGAAAUUAUAUAACUAAAAAUGUAAUUUUAAUUAAUUAUUAAGCUUGAGAAAUGUAUAUAAAGUCAACUUUGAUGCUUAUCUCUUAAGUGUAGUGUACAUUAGUUUCCUUCUGUCUUAUGUCACUUGUCUAUUUUAAAAUGUUUACUUUAAGGUUACUACAAAACAUUAAUUUAUUAACGAGCUUAAUAGAAGGAGGGGGAGACACGUUGCUUAUAUUUUAAAUAUAGGUUCACAAUAAAGAAAAAAGCAAUAAAUAUG